GGCCGGCUGCGCGGGCGGAAGGGGCGGCGCGGAGGCGGAUGGCGGGGCCGGCGCGGGAGGAGCUGGCGGCGCUGGAGGCGAUCUUCUGCGGCCCCGGCGAGUGGGAGGUGCUCAGCCGCUCAGAGACCCAGGGCACCGUGUGCAGAGUCCUCACCACAGCCGAAGGCCCGUCGGGGGCGGACACCCCCCUAGAGCUGGUGUUCCACCUGCCGGCCGCCUACCCCGCGUGCCUGCCGGGCGUCUCCGUCGGCUCCGAGCGCCUGACCAGGGCCCAGUGCGCGGCCGUGAGGGACAAGCUGCUGGAGCAGGCCCAGGGCUUUCUGCCGGAACCGAUGGUCCACCAGCUGGUUCUCUGGGCCCAGCAGAACCUCAGGCACCUCCUCGCCCCGCCGGGGCCGGGAGCUGGCUCUGGCCCGUGCGCUGCGGCGAGCGCCGCGGAGGCCGAGGGGCCCUGGAUGACCCUCCUGCACCUGGACCACAUGAGAGCCAAGACCAGAUACGUGAGGACGGUGCGGCAGUGGGCGUCCGCCCUGGGCCUGGCCGGGAGGCUCCUGUUCACGGGCAAAGUCAUCCUGCUUCUCCUGCAAGGACACAGGGACCGCGUCAAGGAGUACCUGGUGCUUCAGAGAACCUCCAAGGUCGACGUGGACUCGAGUGGGAAGAGGUGCAGAGAGAGGAUGGCCAGCGUGCUGUGGGAGGCCAGGGCGCAGCCGGGACACACCAGGUUCCUGGCAUUUGAAGUCAAAGAGUUUUCAUCGCUGGACGAGCUGCAGAAGGAGUUUGAAACUGCAGGACUCGAGGCGCUGUUCUCCGAGUUGGUCCUGGGGCUGGUGAAAUAAAACGGAAGUCGGCAUGUUUUUUUUUAA